AUGAACUCGGUGCGCGCCAUCCAGCAGCUCAAUAAGCGCGAACUCGAGGCAGGCAUCAAUCCCGAAGGUUCAUGGCAUACCGACUACCGGGACACGGCCUUUGUCUACAUCGGCGGCCUACCGUUCGAACUUUCAGAAGGUGACAUCAUCACCAUUUUCUCCCAGUACGGCGAGCCAGUAUGGAUUAAGCUGGCGCGCGACAAGGAGACGGGAAAGUCACGAGGUUUCGCAUGGAUCAAGUACGAAGACCAGAGGAGUUGCGACUUGGCCGUGGACAAUCUAGGUGGAGCGAGUAUUAUGGAUCGCAUCAUCAGGGUAGAUCAUGCGCGAUACAAACCCAAGGACGACGAAGACAUGAGGGACAACACUAUGGGAGAGCUCGACCUCGACCCUGGCCAUGAGUCUGAUGGUGGCAGAAGGAAGCGCAGAAAGACAGAGAGCGAAAGCGACUCGGACGACGACCGACCACUGCUACCGGAAGAGAUCGAAUUAGGGCGCCUGUUGGAGAAGCUGGACGAAGACGACCCUAUGCGUGACUCUAUGAUCAAGCGCCAGCAAGAGAAAGUAGACGAUGCACUCAAGAAGCUGAAGAAGCAAAAGCGUAAAGAAAAGGAGAGGGCAAAGCGCAAGGACAGGCAUAGCCGGAGAGACAGGUCGAGAGAUCGGGACCAUGACAAGGACAGAAGACGGAUCAAGGAUGCAGGGGAAGACGAUGAGCGUGAUAAGCGGUCACGGCGAAGGACCCGCAUGACGACCGUCGACAUCGCAAGUCAAAGCCACGGGACAACUCGGAAGACGGAGAGCGUCGCCAUCGAUCGGAACGAACUCGAGACCGAAGCGAGGAUUCUAGAGACAAACGCGAUCGACAUCGAAGGCGCGAGCGAAGACAUUCAGAUUCUGAAGGCGAUAACACAGGGCGAUCUCGGAGGAAACCGUCGCGCUCACCAUUGCCGUAUCGAGCUCGUUCUCCUUAAUGUUUAG